UAUUUUGAAGUGUGUAAGUAAGACCGCUUCGUGGUGAGCUUCCCAAAACAACUGUGUCCUCGGUUUCGGUCAAAUGUAGUUAUAUCUCCAAAAAUUUCAGUCAUGUCGACGGCUAUGAACUUCGGAACCAAGUCGUUCAAACCUCGGCCACCGGAUAAAGGAUCCUUCCCCUUAGAUCAUUUCGGUGAAUGUAAGGCGUUCAAAGAGAACUUCAUGCGCUGCCUCAGAGAGAACAACUUCGACAACUCUCUGUGUCGACUGCAGUCUAAAGAGUACCUGGAGUGCAGAAUGGAAAACCAGUUGAUGGCUAAGGAACCUCUGGAAAAGCUCGGCUUCAAGGAUUUGAUGGACCAACCCCAGGCAGAGAAUACAGAGGCAAAACCCUGAAGAACGCCCAUGAUGAAGUGCCUGAAAUGUCUUCUUCCUCACCACCUUUUCAGUUCCCUUAGGUUAUUUAAGCUGUGAUAUCGAUGGCAUGUAAAUUGUGUAAAUAUAAAAAUGUUUGAUAUUC